AUGAGCGAGAAUUCUCCCAGGUCAGUCGCCCGACGACAUCGGCGUGGAUUGACGCGAAGCGCUGCAGCCUGCCAACGGUGUAGAAAGCGGAAGCAAAAGUGCGAUGGCAAGGCUCCAAGAUGUGGCACCUGCGUGUCGGCAGAUGCUCUCUGUAUUCCAUCCGAUCGCUUAGUGAUUCAGCAGGUCGGCACGACUGCAUGCGAAUGUGACGCGCUGCGGACGCGCUUGGACACGCUCGAGCGCCGCAAUCAUGAUCUUCUCCAAGAGCUCGAGCGAACGCGCAUGCAACAGAGCACGAACGAUGAAGCUAAUGGUCGUUUGGAGAUGUCUAUUGUUAGCUCUGCCAGCUUGGACUCUCGAUCUGCAAGCCGGAUUCUGCGGCCUACUUUCUCCCAGCGGCCUCAAGCAGGCAUGAAUAGAAGUGCUCUUAGUAGUGCAUGGGAGCUAUGGGGUGAUGACGCCAUGCCGGUGAAUGCUGCAUCGCAAUCGAUAAACUUGACGGAGCUCCACCGGGGUACAUAUGAGGAGCUUGUGGAUGUCUUUUUCACUUAUAGGUGGCCUUACCUGCCGGUGCUGCAUCGACAAAGCUUCGUCAGUAAGCACCUCUCCUCGCUGCUUGAGAAUGAAAACGUUAGCCCAGUUUCUACAUUCAUGGUGAACAUUGUCUGCGCCAUUGCAGCCGCGGAAAAGCCUGCCGUUCAACCAGGACAUGAUCAGAUGCAUCGACAGUUCUUCGAAGAGGCCCUGAAACAUCUUUCCGCCGUCAUGGAGACUAGCGAUUUUGAGUGCAUCCAGUGCCUACUCCUUCUCUGUAUGUAUGGUCAUAACGAACCCCAGUACGUCAACAUCUGGCACACCAUCGGAAUGGCACUUCACUUGGCCAUAGGGAUGGAUCUUCAUCGAAAAGAGAGUUUGUCUGGUCUGGAUAUCAUGCAGGCAGAAAUGUCCAAGCGAGUAUUCUGGAGCGUAUAUGUGAUGAGCUGCAGUAUGGCUGUUAACAUGGGUCGGCCAUUGGGCAUACAAGAAUCGGACAUCACAAUUCCGUUGCCGCUUCAACUAACAGACGAACACUUGACACAUCCCCAGACGACUUCUGAAUCCCUGAUACCACAGGCAACAGACACGUCCACGUUCAUUCAUAUUAUCAAAUUGCGCCGACUUAAUGCAGCCAUUUACCAGGCCUUCCAUUCGAUCGGUUCUACUGUCACCCAGCAGGAGGACCUUCGUAAGCGCCGGGACUCAUACUUCUCAGAAUUGAACCACUGGUUGAUCACGGCACCAAGGUACAUCGGCACUCCGUGCACUUUCCAGUCCAUGGAAUGGUUCCAAAUCGCUUUCCACCACGCCGUUCUGUCUCUUUACCGACCAUCUCGAGCCGGGCCGAUGCCGUCUUCCAGUGACCUCCGCGUUUGUACCGAGUCCGCAAUCGGCCUGAUCAGCUCUUAUAGCUCACUCUACGCGAGAAAUAAAAUCAAGUACACCUUCGUUGCUAUCCACUCGCUCUUCAUGGCAGCCGUGACGAUGCUCUACGCCCUACGAGCCUCGCCGGCACUCCGACAGGAAUUGACGAAACCAGUUGUGCAAACCAACGUUCAUACAUUCCUAACCCUCUUUCGCGGAAUAUCUAACGGUCGCGUGGUGGGCGAGAAAUGCUCUAUUAUUGUCGAACGGCUGGGAAACUCGAUUCUGAGUCUCUUUGAAGACGCGUCUUUUUCGGAUGGUGCAGUGAGUGCUGAGGUCGACAUUGAGUUUCAGUCAUGGUUUGGCCUUCAGACUCACACAGUGGAGGCGCCUCUGGUACCUGGAGAAGAUCCCCAGGGAUUCUCACCGCACUUCCCUGACGCCAGGGUCGAUAUUCCAUGGUCUGAUUUGCUUGUCGAGGGGAUUGACAUUGGUUCUACGGACUUUUGGAAUAUUUUGUCUUAGGAAGGAGGCAGGCAGAUUACUUUGUUUGAGACUUGGGGUAACACUUUUUGAAGACUGUGCGCAGUCAGGGCUCGGAUUCUGGAGAACCCGCUAUCCGAACAGCUGUCAGA